ACUUAGAAUGACUGCCUGAAAGGCAACAUUGCCUGAGUCGCCAUUGAGAGCGAGCGCAUAUUUGAUAUUGUAGAAAUUAUCCGUUGAAGGCUAACCAGUGUUUAUUAUUAUUGAGACGAGGAGAAAAGGACAACACUACAUACCACGGCUUCAGGGCAAAUAGACGUAUUUGACAGGUUUAGAUUGUAUGUGUUUACAAAAACAUCGUUUCAUAUCCGUAUCUGACACUUUUUGCCAGGGUUCUUUGUGUAUCGACAAUGGUUUGUUUUUCUCCGUCACGAUCUCUCAUGAUGAUCGGAUCAUUUUAAAUGAAUGAUAGAGAUUUAGUCAUCCUGUUUAAAAGGGCGGAACUCUGGUUGGAGUUAUUAAGGGCAGAAAGCAGGGGAUAGACAGGAUUUCAACAUCUAGACAACAAGGAGUUUGGAAAGGAGAUGGGGAAUUGUCUGAAAUCUCCCACUUCGGAUGAUAUCUCCUUGCUCCAAGAAUCACAGUCAGACAGGGCCAGUUUUGGUGACGCCAACGAUCCGGAUCAGGAGCCGCCACCUCCAUAUCAGGAGCAGAUCCAUGUGCCUGUGUAUCACCCCACUCCCAGCCAGGCCCGGCUGGCAACCCAACUGACCGAAGAGGAGCAGGUGCGGAUCGCUCAAAGGAUCGGCCUCAUCCAGCAUCUUCCCAAAGGUGUCUAUGAUCCAGGCAGUGACGGCACUGAGAAGAAGAUUCGAGAGUGUGUGAUCUGCAUGAUGGACUUUGUGUACGGAGACCUCAUCCGGUUCCUCCCCUGCAUGCACAUCUACCACCUGGACUGCAUAGAUGACUGGCUGAUGAGGUCCUUUACGUGUCCCUCCUGUAUGGAGCCUGUAGAUGCUGCCUUGCUCUCGUCCUACGAAACUAACUGACUGCUGCCUGCACUGACCCCCAACCCCCCCACACACAACCCUUGAGUCCUGUCCUCACAUGGCCGCUUUGCAUAAAGAGACAAACUGUCCGCUCGACUGGGGUGUGGGAUGGUGUGCCUGUGGCAUCAUGGGAUAAAGGAGGCCACACUGAUAAUUAAACCUCUCCUGCAUGGUCCUGCUGGACAGGGAAAUCUGCAGGAGAUCUUUUGCACCCCGACGACUUUAUCAUGUGAUUCCUUUGUCUCUCAUCGACGACACCCAGACAAGCCGGUCACGCACCAUUCCACUGUAGCAACACUUACACUGGAAGGAGAAGAACCUUCGAGAAACAUACCGGAGGACUUUUAAAAACGCAUCUUUAACAUUCAAUCUCUAUUUCUUUCUUUCUCUCUCAGUGUCUGUUUCCAUAAAGGGCUCAUUUGAUUUCUGCCGAAGCUGCAGUGGAGCAAAACCAAUGGCACUGCACAUACACACGCAAAGAAAGAAAAAAAAAAAGUCUCA